CUGUUUUUUUUACAAUAGUACUUGUGCAAGAAGAAUGGAAUCAACGACGGAAUGAAAUUGUUCAUUCCGUUGCUAGAUGGAAUGGAAUGGACCAUUCUCUUCUUUUUAUUUUGUUAAAUUUUCAUUGUUUAAUGAGUAAAUGUUUUCCUUUCUCUUUUCAAUUCUAUCAUGAAAUGUAAUGGAUAAUUGCAACAUAAACAAAUUCUAUUUAUAAAACUUUUAAUACCAUUUUCGAAAAAUUAAUUUCAACUUUCUUUUUCCAAACAUUAUUCAAAUUGGCCUCAAGGGCGCAACCAAAUUCCUUCUAGUUAAUAUUAUAUAUAAAAACCCUAUUUAUCUUGUGCCUCCUAAAUUAUAACUACAAGGUUUUGUUGACGCCACGUGUCCUAACUUCUAAACAACGCCACAGAUCUUAAAGGAGUGCAUUUGGCCGACUUUGGUGUAGAUAUAGAUCCAUUGGAUCCAUGGGUACCGUCGCCUCUCUUGAAGACGUCGUUUCAUCUUGGACUCCCUUUAAUCCGCCAACAAACACAUAUGCAGUCUGCAUUCAUCUACCGAUUCUCUUUUCCUAAUCGCAAUUCUUCAUCCAGAUUAAUUUGUUUGAUUGGUGUUUUAUUCAUCUCCCUCUUCCUACAUCAACAAUUGGCAGUGGUGGGUACCCUAAUGUUCUAUCUUCAACGAUUGACCGCCAUCCAAAAAGAUAUAGGAAAUGAGAAAAAAACCAUUCGUUGGUUAUCUGCUGAAGAUACUAUUCAACCUGACAUCAUUUACAUUCAGAGCACAAAACAAGCAAAAAGGUUCACAAAGUUUAGAGAAUGCAAGGAUGUACCGGAGAAAGAUGUGAUCUGCAAAAUUGGAAUAGACUACAAAAUCGAUCUUGAGUUCUACAAAAAUAGAUUGCCAUCGAUGGAAAAGAGGAUAUCUCAGGGGACUCACAAGGGUGAGACCAGAAGAGGGUCCGACGACAGGUGGGGCUUCGGUGGCAUUAGCUCAACGGGAGAAGAAGAGGUUGGUGCGAUGGGGUUUUGUGAUAUUUUUCCUAAUCUGGCAUUGCUCUUUGGAGGUUUAGAUAGUCUACCAUUUUUUUUAGCAUGUCAUUCAAUUCCUUCACUUGGUAUUGUGGUUGACCCUUGUGCAGAUUUCUUGGUGUUUAUUUUUACAGUGUUAUUAUGUGUUGGAAUCAAAGAGAGCACUUUCGUGCAAUCAGUGGUCAUGACUGCAAACAUUUAUGCUAUGAUCUUUAUUAUUUUAGCGGGUGGAUAUCUAGGGUUCAAAAGUGGAUGGAUUGGGUAUAGACUACCUGUUGGGUACUUUCCAUUUGGAGUCGAUGGGAUGCUUGCUGGAGCUUCUACUAUCUUCUUUUCAUACAUAGGGUUUGAUUCAGUGAAGAACCCUCCAAGGGAUAUGCCUUUGGGAAUAGGAGCUACACUAUCUAUAUGCUGCAUGUUAUAUAUGUUGGUGUCUGAGGUGAUUGUUGGUUUAGUACCAUAUUAUGCCAUGGAUCCUGACACCCCUAUCUCUUCUUCAUUUGCAAGCCAUGGUGUUCGAUGGGCAGUGUAUAUCAUAACAAUUGGAGUUGUCACUACUCUAUGCUCAACAUUUAUGGGUUCACUUUUGCCUCAAAGAAGGAAGAAUAAGAGCUAUCAUCUAUUUUUACUGGUAUCAAAAAAGGAUCUGGAGGUUGGAAAUGGUAUUCUUGUAGAACGUAAUUCUCGUUUGGUAUUAGUCUGA